AUGAAUCACAGAUACAUUUUCCUUAUACAAAUUAUUUAACAAAUCUGGUGGAUUGUUGAAAUGCUAUUGAUUUAUUAAUAGUAAAAUUACACGUAUUACUUUAUGUGUUCGUUAUGCAUAAUAACAAGGCUGCUUGCAUCUGUUGUAUGCCUUAAGAAGAAUUGGUAGUAUGAUAGAUUGAUUCUAAUAGCUACAUUGGCUAAUAAUGUAUGCUAUACAGAGGUCAAUAUUAACUUCGAAAGUAAAAUUUUAUAUUUAAAUCAUAUCAACACAUUAAUCAUCCUUUUAAAUUAUAUGGAAGCAUAACUACUAAUAAAAAAUUAAUCUAUAAGAUUGAUAUCGAGAUUUGCAUUCCCAACCUAUGUAUUAAUGAGAUUGAUCUCGCUCAUAUUUAUUCAAUUUGAUAUUCAAUUAUGUGAGGCUUCCUCUUUAAUGGUCUUAAUUUUGUUAGUGUAUUUUUCAAAUUAGAAUGUUUCUGCGAGCUCAACUCAAUCAAAUCCAAAAUUAGAUCAAUCCUUAUAAAAUUGUUCUAGUUCCUUGCAAUAAUCAUAAUUUAAAUAAGAAAAGCGAUUCACUUAAAAUUCAAAUAAAUUCAUUUUCUAUCCAGAUAAAGGUUCGCAUCCUAGAAAUAGUGUAUAAAUUAACAUCAAAGAUUCAUAUAGAGAAGAAAGUGCUCCAAUACCUUCUUUUCAUUCAAAACUUAAAGCAGGAUACAAAGGCUAAUAUUCUCAUUUAGUAGUGGACAGGAAUGACUCCUAAUUAUCCAAUUUCUAUUAAAAUCUUGUCAAUGUUUUACCAGAGGGAGUUUUGAUGCUAAAUAAAUUCCAGUAGAUCUAAUUUAUAAGUUCAAAGUGUGAAAAACUUUUGGAAUGUGAUGGAAAAGAAAGAGUAGUUGAGUACAUUAAAAAGUGUUUGUCCAAUUGUGAUAUACCUGAAGAUGCUUAAUAAUCUCUGACAAGAACCAGAAAUAAGUUAACCUAAAGAGUCUUAGAAGAAAUAAUUAGAAUCUACAAAUAAAGUAAUCAAGAAUUAGACGUUUUCGAUGUCUUGUUGAAUCCAAAUAAAUAUAUCUCAGCACUAUUUUCAGGAUAGAAUGGAUCAUUUGAAUAAGAGAGAAGUAGUUCAGGGUCAAUUUAUUUGUCUGAUCCUUCUACCUUAUAAGAACACACUUUUUUCUUUGAAGGUUCAAUUGAUAAAGAAAGAUGCGAAGAUUCAAAAAAACUCAAAUUCAUUUUAUAGUAAACAUAAAUGACUUUAAGCUAAUAGGAAGCAAUCUCAUAAAAUGGGUUGACGAAUUCCAAAAAAUAAAACUCAAAUGAUUUUCCUUAACCUAUAUUAAUCAUUUUAAUUAAGAAUACUACCCAUAAAAAUAGAGUUAAAUAAUUAAAAAAAGAACGAUUCAUUAAUAAUUCACUUUUGAAGUCAUUCUCACAUGAACUAAGAACCCCUUUAAAUAGUUGUCAACAUAUGCUUAAUAUCAUUAAAGAAGUUUCAAUGGAUGAAAUUAUACAUUAGUACUUAAAUAUAGCAUAAAGUUCAAUUAAAUUAUUAAACUACUAAAUUAAUGAUAUCUUAGAUUUUGCUGCCAUGCAAUCAAAGACUUUCUCUUAACAUACAACUUCAUUUAAUAUCAUAGAUCUAAUUUAAGAGAUUCAUGAGUUGUAUGAUUAACAAGUAAGUUAUAAAAAUAUCAAACUAGAAAUCUAAUAUGAUUAAUCCUUAUAAAAUCAAAUAUUUAUCAACGACAAAUAAAGAAUAAUGCAAGUCUUAGUUAACCUCUUAAAUAAUUCAUGCAAAUUUACUAAACCUGCUGGUGAUAUUGAUUUGUCAUUUAAAUAAAUGAAAUGCAACUUGAUCUAAGUUAUUGUUAGAGAUACUGGUAUAGGAAUCUAAUAAAACAAAUUAGAAUAAAUUAGAAAGACCUUCUGCAAACCUUCCUAUAGAAUAUCUCACGAUACUGGCCUUGGAUUUGGUCUAAAAAUAUCUGGGAAAAUUGUCAAAAAAUUAACCAAUAAUAAAGCCUACUUGGAUAUCAACUCUAGCGUUAACAAUGGAACCCAGGUUGCUUUUCUAUUUUAAAACUUAGAAACUACGAAUCAGGACUUCUAGAUAUCCCAACAAUAAAGUAAUAUUACUGGAAGAUUUGAAGUACUAUCUCCCGCUUCGUCCCAUAUUAUUCAAAAAUCGGAACUCUCAUAAACUUUAAUGAAAGGACUUUAAUAAAAAUUUGAUUUGGAAUCAACUAUUUUAAAAGAGCAAAUAGAAAGUCCUAGAAUUAACGAUGACUUAUCCAGUUCAGUUGUAGUUCCUAUAAGUACUUAUAGGUUCAAAAAAAAUCUGAUCCAACUAUCGAGACAAUAAGGGUCGCUUUUAUCUUUUUAAAUACAUGCCAAUAACUGUGACAAUUGUUCGUAAAUCUUAAUUGUUGAUGACAUCCCAUUUAAUUAAAUUGCUUUUAUUCAAAUGCUUAAUCAUUUCAAAAUAAAGGCAGAAUCUGCUUUUGAUGGGUACUAAGCAGUUGAGAUGGUGAAAUAGAAAUUGAUAGGCCAUUGCAAGUUCUUUAGAUUGAUAUUUAUGGACAUUGAAAUGCCUGGUUUGAAUGGUUUCAAAACUUCCCAAAUUAUCUCAUAAAUACCAGGUGUCUAAUCAAUAAUCGUUAUGUGUUCUGCAUAUGAUACUCUUGAGAAUUACAAUUUUGCGUUAUAAGUUGGUGUAACAGAAUUCUUAUCCAAACCUGUUAACAAAAAGGAGUUAGACAAAAUCUUAAAAAAAUAUUUAUUUAAAAUAUGA